GGCACUGGUAACACUCCUGGCCUUGCUGCUUCUCGCCACCUUGCAAUUAUCUGGUCAUAAAGAAAGACUGCUCGAACGUCUUCCCUAAAUGUGUGUGUGAAGAAGUGUUUCACUAGUCCAGGGAAGGUCGUGGGAGGAUGGGGGAGCCACGAAGGUGCUGGCUGCGGUGGCAUAACUACAGUGACUCUGUGACGUCAGCGCUGGAGGCCCUGCGCUAUGACGAAGACUUCCUGGAUGUCACUGUUGCAUGUGAGGGACGCACCGUUAGGGCCCACAAAUUGGUGCUGUCUGCUUGCAGUGCUUACUUCAGGAAGGUGCUUAAGGACCACCCAUGUGACCACCCCAUCAUAAUCCUGGAUGGCAUGGGAUGGAGACAGGUAGUGGCUUUGCUGCACUUCAUGUACUGUGGUGAGGUGGUAGUGGAGGAGGAUCACUUGGUGGAUCUACUCAAUGCUGCCUCUAGCCUCAGUGUGACUGGCCUCUCCCAUGUCACCUCAGCACUUGUCAGCAGCCAGACCACUCAAGAAGACAGUGAUGAGGAUUUUGAAGAAGAUGAGGAGGAAGAGGAGGAGCUAGACCAAGCUCAAAAUUCCUCUGAAUCUAUCAAGUCCAAGAAUGAGGGAGAAAGUGAAGGAGACUCUUCCUAUGACAGUGAUGCUCCCCCAGCCAAGAGGCAGCGUGUUAACACUCCAGAAAAGUCAGCAGAAUUCAAAAGUUUGGAUGAAUCUCAAUCAGGAAGAGAAACAGUACAGCCACCCACUAAUCAGAGUGUUGCCAUGCCCAUGGUGCUGCCACCCACCAUAACCACCAGUUCCACCUCAGUCAUUACUACAAUUGUUGCCAAUGGCCCCAUCAAGCAGGAAGCUUCCUCAGCCACCACAUCUCCGGCUGUUCUUCCAACUAAUGACAGCAGUAACAAAGAAAAUGAAAAGAUGACAGGUAAUCAUCCAGAUAGAAAUAACAAGGAAGUCAGGAGCACAGGAAGCAAGGUGUUGAAUGGUGACAGUUGGAUCAAGGAAGAGGUGGAAGAAGUCACAGUGUGUCCAGAAAAAGUAGUGGAAGCAAUACAGUCUGGUCAGCAUGAAAAUGAUGUGGAUUCCUUAAAGGAGGCAAUAUCUCUACAGGAAGGAAAGCUGAGUCAAAGUGAUGGUGACAGCAACAGCAAUCCUGUUGCUGGAUCAUCCAAUCCCCCUGGGCCGGUCAACUACAUCUCGUUUUUGGCCUCUGAAGGUAUCUUCCCCCCCACCUGUAGCACCAAGGCAAGCACUACACUGCUCCUCUCCUCACCAGGUCUAGGAAACACAGCAAUAAGUGAAGGCACCUUGAACAUGGAGAAGGUGGUACAGCGGGUGUUGUUGCCAUCCCUCCCCAGUACAGGCACACUUCCCACCAACCUGACACAACAGGCACCAGGUUCUGGACCUUGUCCUGCAACUAGUAACACCAGUGCUAGCCAGCCUUACAUCCACCCUUCACUUGUGUCAGGAAAGGAAGUGCAGGCCACACUAGAGCAAUAUCAGCGCAAACUAGCAUUCCAUGAGCCUCGACCUUGUCCCACCUGCAAGAGAAUGUAUCGAGAUGCUGCCACUUUACGCACACAUAUGGCCAUCAUGCAUGCUGAAGGAAGGGAGCCAUUCUCAUGUUCCUGUGGUGCAUUGUUUCGCACCAAAUAUGACAUGUACCAGCACAAGAAGAAUGGCCAUCGGUAGGCCUCCUGACUGAUCCUCCAGACCAAAGAUGCUGCUGUAGUGGAGAGGAAAGUAGCAUUGAGACAGUCUUUUCAUGCAUUGUAUUACCAAGUCAGAUACUAUUUUUUUUAACCACCAAAGAUUUUUGAAGACUCAAGUUACCAACUAUAAUUUGGCACAAAACUUAGGAUAUCUAUAAGAUGAUGCAUUGUCUUGUUAGCAAUUAUGUGUGUUUGGCUCAAGUCUGAGGUAAGCAAAUCUUCCUGGGUUUAUUAAGUAUGAUCAAUGGGACUAAUAUUUAGUGUAAGGAUGUGAAGAUAAAGAUACUACACAUGCCUGGGAUUUGUGAUGCUUGGCUUGAGCUUCGUCCAUCUCUUCUCUACUUACUUGUUGUUGUUACUAACCUCCCUUGUGAUGUAGUUGCAUUUAUGUUUAUAACCAGUGAUCAGAUCUUGCUCAACUUGCAAAACAAUUGUGCCUCAGUGCUAGGUGGUGUCCAAGGCUGUCCACCAGUACUGGACUCUUCCAGACUACAGUCCCCCCAAAUAACUCCCUCCUUAUCAAUGUCCGGUGCUGUUUGCAACUUUUCCCAGUGGAUCAGUGGUGACGCAGAAAGCUGUAGAGUUAAGGAUUUAUUGUGUUGUGCAUCGGAGGGGGAAGUUGAGGUGAUACUGCCUUCACUUCACCCUAGUAAAUGAAAGCUUUUAUGGAUAUUUGUUGUCAUCCAUGAGUGGGACAUAUGUUGGUGGUAAAGAAAUAAGAAGUGCUGUGCUUAUACUGAGUAACCUUAGUGAUGUUCCAAGGGAAAGAUGUAUGAAUGAGUGAGUGAGGAUAUGAGUCAGUCCCUUGUGACAGGGUGGCAACACAAUCUGUUAACCCUCAAGUGAAUUUACCAACUAACAUAUUUAUGAUAGUGUUUAUUUUAAUUUUGAUGAUAGUGUUGAUAGUAGUGGUUCAGUUCCAAUACAUAUGAUCUCAAAUUUAGAGAAAAUUUGUUUGACAUGGCCAUGUGUGAUGCAGACAAUAUUUUUUAGAAUUUAUGUCAUAUAUGAUAUGAGAAUUCCUGCUGAGGAGGAGAUAAUAUAAUAUAUCCCAAGCAGCUUAGGUGUAAUCUUUAUCGAAAAUAUUAUUUACCAUGAGCAUGAUGUACAAAGAAUGUGUGAUGAAGCACAGCGCUGUUUUGUUGAGGCACAGAACUAGAGGGUUGAGGUUGUCAGCUGGUGUCCCACACCACAGCAGCUGUGUGGCUGCCUUGUAACUGGUUACCAAUCAAGCCAAUUGAGUUAGAGCUUACUUAUACUUACUGUGGGAGGAUAUGGUUGUGUUACGUUACUUUCUGUUAAGGUUGAGGGAAAGUUACCACCAAGUAGUUUUUAGUUAUGCACUUUUUCUCUUGAUGUAUUUCUUUCUGUUACCAAAUGAUGGAGGGUAGAAUUUUUAUUCUGUUUAGUUUUAAGAAAUUAUUGCUGUACAUUCAUUUAUAAAGCCAAAUAUGUUGCCAGGAUGGAAGAAUCAAGGAUGAAUGAGGAGCAAAUUGAAUCCUAUAUCUAUGAAACUAGAAAUUUUCACCCCAUGGUUUAGGUGUGCCUUAAGUUAGCUGAUUAAUUAGAAUGUGUUAUAUAGUGCGUAUAUACAACCAUGACAAAUAGGGCUUCAGACACAUUCAUUUUUUUCUUUGGUUCCCAUGACAACAUGGUUAACACUUAUAUUGUUUCAUGUUACCUUUUUAUUAGUUCUUUAUUAUUAUUAUUAUUAUUACUUUUAUUAUUAUUAUUAUUAUUAUUAUUAUUAUUAUUAUUAUUAUUAUUAUUAUUAUUACUACUAUUAUUAUUAUUAUAGUUUAUGCAGUUUCAUCAUCAGAUCUUGGUGGAAGUAGCAAAUAGUUGAGAGAGGCUUCUUAUCUUAGUGGUGGGCAGGAAUCAACUCCAAAAUGAUUCUUGUGAGCCUAGUCUUACAAUCACAGAUUCUACUCUCAUCCUCAGAAAAUCCCUCUGAUGGUCAGCUGCCACAUGACUCCUGAGGGCUGGGGUAGGCAGGGUUAGAGGACUGGGUUUGGCUUAUUGCUGAUAGUUGAGUCCAUUCCUCAAGUACUGUAUGACUCUCUCUCUCUCUCUCUCUCUCUCUCUCUCUCUCUCUCUCUCUCUCUCUCUCUCUCUCUCUCUCUCUCUCUCUCUCUCUCUCUCUCUCUCUCUCUCUCUCUCUCUCUCUCUCUUUCAUCUUGAAACCUCCUCCUUGAAAAAAUUCAACUCCUAGGAAGCUAGAAAUACAGGAGGUAGGGAGUUUAUCAGAGAUUUAGAGUACGGGUUAACUCUUGUAUUACAGAGGUUAAUAGAAUAGUAAUGAGAAAAAGAAGAAAGUCUUGUGCAGUGAGUCCAUGGGAAGAGGGGAAGCAUGCAGUUAGUAAGAUCAGAAGAGCAGUUUGCAUGAAAAUAGUGUUAGAACAUAGCAAGAUAUGCAACAUUGCAGCAAUGAGGAGAGAAGAGGAAUUGAGAAGAUGAAAAGAUUUUAAUUUCACUCUGGUAUGAGUAGUAUCUCCCACCAUUUGAAGCAUACUCCAUACAUGGGUGGAUAAGGCCCCUGUAUAGAGUUAGCAGCUAAGUGCGGCAUGAGAAGAACUAAGAUGACUAAGAACAAACUUUAUAGAAGCUGUUUUAGUUAGGGAUGAGAAAUGAAGUUUCCAAUAUAGAUUAUAGUUAAGGACAAAGUAAGGAUAUUCAGUGUUUUUUUUUUUUUUUUUCUGUUUUAGUCUAUAGCACCUGCAGGUAUGCAGUAAUA